AUGGAUGAGCCAGAGAGAAGGAUUGUGGUCUUGGGGAAAACUGGAGCUGGAAAGAGCAGCCUUGCCAACAACGUCAUUGGAGAGAAACGGUUUGAAGUCAAUCAUUUUGCCACAUCAGGAACAAGCGAAUGUAAAGCAGAGUCUAAGUCUAUGAAUCAAAGAAACAUCACAUUUGUGGAUACACCAGGCUUCUUUGACACUGGUCGGUCUGAAGAGGAGAUGAAGCGUGAGAUUGUCAGGUGCAUCACUGAGUGUGCUCCUGGUCCUCACGUGUUCCUCAUCGUUCUCAAAGUGGAGAAGUACACAGACCAGGAGAAGGAGGUGGUGAAGAAAAUGACCCAAUACUUCUCAGAAGAUGCUUUAAAGUUCACAGUGGUGCUCUUCACUCAUGGUGACCAGCUGCCUGAAGAAGUUACAAUUGAAGAGUUUGUCCAAAAAAGUGAAGACCUGAAUCAUCUGGUGGAGAAAUGUUCCGGCCGCUGCCACGUCGUUGAUAACAAGUACUGGAAUAACAGCCAGCAGGAAGACUACAGGAGCAACACUUUCCAAAUAAAGGAGCUGCUUAACUCUAUUGAAAAGAUUACGGAGGCAAACAAAGGAGGCUACUAUACCAGAAACUUCAGCAGUUAG